UGUGAAUCUGUCAUCCCCAAUUCUCAACCCUAAUCCAAAUUCCCAAAUCCAUUCCCUUUCACUCUAUAUAUAUCUUAAAGAAAAAAAAAAAAAGGAAGAAAAAAAACAGUUAUGGAUUCUAUGGAGGGGGGGGUGGAGGAAGAGAAAGGUUGGGGGAGGUUAGAUGAUCUUGAUGGUGAAUAUGAGAUCUGUAUCUGUUCGCAAAAAGAUGUCGAUGAAGUGAAGUGUUAUACCAUUAAGGUCCCAGACCAUGAAGCCCGUACUCCUCUUUCAUAUCUUAUCUCACGUCCUUCUGCUCCACUCAGAUCGCUAAUUCAUCGAGUACAGAUAAGGGAUAUCAGCAACUUCACCCCAAAGAAUCUCAGUCCGCUUUCUGAAACCACUAACAAGGGACCUCAAGCCACUAAAUACUUAGCACUGCUAAACAACCAUCUGUAUUCUGUUGGUGGCGAUGAAGAACUCCUUAGGUCUGAAUCUGCAGAAGCUAGAGGCGCCGAUUAUUUCGACAUCGACAUCCAUCUGAAUGAAAUCCUUAUGCCCAGUAGGUUUGUCUGGACCCUUGAUCUUACGUGUCCUGAUAUGGGUUGGAAGCGGCUUGCUAAGCCCAUGAGAAACCGCAGAAAAGACCCUCAGACCAUUGUUGUAGACGGUAAGCUCUAUGUUUUUGGCGGUUUAAAAGGUUACGAACCCAUACCCGAAGAUCGUUCCUCUGGCCGUGGAUGGAUGGAGGUUUAUGACCCCAUUUUGGAAACCUGGAAAAGCCUACCAAACCCACCCUCUUAUACCAGCAAGCUCGAAUGCACUAUUUACGGUCAUUUGGAGUUGGAGGCAGACAAACACGCGAUUGUGGUGGUUGAUAUUAGUGAAGGUAAAAACAAGCCUGCUUUUUUAAAAUACGAUGUUAUGUCUUCUACCUGGGAAACCUGGUUUCAGUAUCCAGUAGUGGUUAACUCAACUAUUCAAUGUGGAAGAGCUGUAGUUGUGGAUGGUACUAAGGCCUUUUGGGCAUCCAUCGUAUUUCGGGAGGCAAGGAAUUUAUCCACUGUGACUAUCUUUGGGUUUGAUUUAAAAUCGAAAUCCUGGGCUUACAAAGAUCUCAACGUUGGAUCAUUUUUGGGGUAUUCUGAAAGUUUCAUCUGGACUGAUCCUGGUUUUCUUCACUUAUCCGAUCACAAAUUCUGCCUUUUGUUGCACUCCGUCAGGUCACGCGAUCGAGUAUUUUUUCUUUAUUGUAUCGUGCUUAAUCUUCCUGCAUUUACUGGCCACAAUUGUUUCCCGAAAAAGUCUCUUCUUCGUUCUGCUGUUUCCGUUCAGAAAUACUCGCUGGAUAAGAGAAUAGAUCUGUUGGACUGCAUGAUUAUCAAUCGUGGAACUCAACCACCAAAGAAGGAGACAACAGAGGAAGUGUAACGACCAAAGAUCAUUGAAGAUAGGGGUUUGCUCAGAGUACUAAAAAAAGGUUAUCUUUAUUCAAUCCUGCAGUAUUGGAACAUAGAUGAAGGACUCAGCUCUAUGUUAUAUGUUAUAUGAUCUUUUUGAUUAAGGCUUUCUUAGUAUUGUGUAAUUAUGUAAUUUUCCUGCUCUUGUACUUGCCCCUUUUCUAGUUGUUUUGGUGUUAAUUUUUUUAA